UGAUCCAUUUUCAAAUAAACAUUCAAUUUUGUGAACACACACUUGUUUGGUUUCUCCCUUUGAACAUUUGAAUUUGCAUAUAUAUAAGUUUGAUUGUUGUGGAGGAUUGAACAAUUCUUUUGUUUUCCAGAAACAUGUUUUGAUUUACUGUUUCUGUUUGUCACUUGUUUGUUCUUUUGUUACUGAAGCUUUUGUGGAUUUGGGAUUUGUAGGAUUCUUGAUUGAGAAAUUUGAUUUUGGCUUAAUGCAAAAAUACUAGUAACUUUUUUCUCUGGUUGAUGUGUGACCUGGAUUAUUUGUUGGCUGCAUGAUCUUUGUUCUUGAAACUAGAUUUGCUUUCAGGGUUGUCUUGCAUCGCAUUUCUUGUCCCAAUGUGUGGAGUUUUAUCCAAUGUAGGGGAAUAGGAUGGUCUCUAAUAGGAACCAACAUCUGUUUCUUAAGUUUCAGCAAUGUACUGUGGAACUGUGAAAAGGGUAUCACUUCAAGAUAUUAAACUGUGUGUGCAGGUUACAGUUUCUCUGGAAAUGGAGGAUAACGAUCCAAAUAAAGAAUGUUUAUAUGUUGAAGGCUUAAGUGAAUUCGUUAAUUGGAUAAACGCUGAUAUGAAACCACUUCACGAUGUGCUGAGCUUCAGAAAAGAGAUAAAUGGCACCACUGUGGACAUUGCAUUACAAUGGUGCGUAGAUGGGUAUUCAGCCAUAAUGCUGGGAUAUGCCAAUAGCAUCCGUACCAUCGAUGGUGGAACACACAUAGAUGGUGUGAAAGCAUCAAUAACAAGAACUCUUAACAGAAUUAUGAAAAAGUCGAAUCUUGUUGAGGACAAGGAUAUUAUUUUGAGUGAGGAGCAUCUUAUUGAAGGAUUAACUUGCAUUGUCUCAGUCAUUGUUCCAAGACCUGAGUUUGAAGGUCAAACACAAACGAGACUAGGAAAUCAAUUUGUCAGGGAAAUUGUAGACCAAUCAGUCCAGGAGUACUUAACGGAGUAUUUCGAAUUGCAUCCAGAUGUCUUCGAGAGCAUUAUCUCCAAAUCCUUUAAAGCUUACAAGACUGGUUUGGCUGUCACGAGGGCAAGGGAUUUGUAUAGAUCAGAAAGUGUAUCAACAUUGUGCACCAAUCCGUCCAUUCCCGAGAAACUGACCAACUGCUCUUCUGAAACAUCGGAGAUUUUUAUAGGCAGGGGAGAUUCUUCUGGUGGUGCUGCAAAUCACGGCUCUGACAGGUGUUUCAAGAACAAAAGGACACGGGAACAGCCUUGGAGUGAUGAUGCAGUCUCUACAACUCCUGGAGAUUCUUCAGAAAAUAGUAGCGAUUCAAAUUUUGAGAAGAGGAGUAAAAAACCGAAGUCUUCUGUCCAAUCCUCACAUCUCUGUUUUUCGUCAGGACAAUCUGCUGGUGAUUCAAACCCACCAAACCCUAAAGAUGUUAGCAAAAAGACUCCCAAAGAUUUAACCCACGGGUCCAAACCAAGACCAGUUAUCCCGAUCGGUCCGCGGUUCCAAGCUGAAAUUCCGGUUUGGAUUGCCCCUACCAAGAAGGGUAAAUUUUAUGGUAGUCCUGGUGAUUCCGAUACUCUAAGAUGGCUUGGAACUGGUGUUUGGCCAACAUACAGCCUUAAGAAGACAGUUCACUGCAAAAAAGUCGGCGAAGGAAGAUCCGACUAUUGUUCUUGUACAUCUCCGAGGUCAGUCGAUUGCAGAAAACGACACACUAGAGAAGCUCGGGAGCUUUUGAAAAAGGAAAUUAACCGUGCUUUCUAUACAUGGAAAUUUGAUGAAAUGGGUGAAGAAGUUGUGUCAAAGCCGCCGUGGACGGCCAAAGAAGAGCAAAAGUUCGAAGCUCUUGUGAAAAAGAAUCCUUUGUCAAGUAGUGAAGGAUUCUGGGAAUUUGCUUGCAAUGCCUUCCCAAGAAGAAGUGCGAAGGAUCUCAUCAGUUACUACUACAAUGUUUUCCUCAUCAAACGCAUGAGAUUGCUUGCUCAUUCUUCUACUGCUAAUCAUAUCGAUAGCGAUGAUGACCACUAUAACGAUUUCUUAGCGGGAUGAAGGCCUUGUUGAUAAUCGUAACCGUUGUGGAGUUUCUCGUCACUAUAGGUAACUCUCUGUACCAUGGUCUUGAUUCCCAGUGAUUCAAGAAACUUGUUUCCCUUUGAAGUUUCUUUGUCAUAGGAUCUUUUAGAAGAGAUCCUUGUAGGGCCAAAUGUGAUUUUGCCAUGCUAAAUAUGUAGCUUAUCUUGUUUUCUUCGUGAACCUUCAAAGUUUUUUUAUUCACUCACAAAUCAGUCCUUCAA